AUGGAGGAAACCACAGACCCGGUAGAGGCCGAAGCAUUCCUCAAGUCGCUGCUCGACAAAACCCUGCGGAUCUACACGACGGACGGGCGCAUCUUCAUUGGGACUUUUAAAUGCACAGACACGCAUAGCAACGUAGUCCUAGCGCUCACCUACGAGUACCGCGAGCCGUCGCAGCAGAAGGUAGCCGAGGCCAAAGCCCAAGCCUUCGCGGGCUCCGACCCCGACCCCGACCCCGACUCCGGACCCGGGUCCGGCGCGGAAGACAAGGUAGCCCUGGACAUGACGUCGCGGUACCUGGGCCUGGUCGUCGUCCCCGGCGAGCACAUCGUCAGGAUGGAAGUCGAGGAGUUUGUGAGCCAGGUUAAGAGCCGGUCGAUACUCGAGAGACGGGAUAUAUUCGGUAGCCGGUGA